AUGUACGUAAAAAUUGAGACGUCAAGAUUGGAUUAUUUUCGUAAUAAGCAACAAGAGAUUCGAUCUGAAGUAUAUCAAGGAAUAGUUGACAGUCUAUCAAUUGGACAAAGCAAUGCUUCCAAAGUUGGUAAACGCAUCAUUCUGCCUUCCUCUUUUAUUGGAGGUCCAAGAGAUAUGCGUAAAAGAUAUAUGGAAGCAAUGGCUUUAGUCCAACGCUUUGGAAAACCGGACAUCUUUUUAACCAUGACAUGCAACCCAAGUUGGAAAGAAAUCUUAGAUGAAUUAGGUCCACAAGAAGAAGCACAAAAUCGUCCUGAUUUGAUUGCACGUAUCUUUAGAGCAAAAUUAGAAGAACUGAAGGAUGAAUUAUUCAAACGGGAGAUAUUUGGGAAAGUUUCAGCAUAUGUAUACGUCAUCGAACAUCAAAAAAGAGGACUACCACAUGCACAUUUCUUGAUCAUACUACAAAGAGAUUGGAAAAUCUAUGCUCCAGAAUCUUUUGAUGAAAUGUAUCAGCAGAAAUACCUGACAGAGAAAGAAAUCUACAUUUGCACAAGACAGUAA